CGCUGGAUUGACGCACCCGGUGGUCCCACGAGUGUGCACCCGACUCUCCGGCCCCCACCUCUGAGGAGCCCCGCUGAGCGCGCGUCACAAGGGGAGGCACAGAGUCCAAGGUCCUUUUACUGUCGGAGGAUGGACAGAUCCUAGCAGAAGCAGAUGGACUGAGCACAAACCACUGGCUGAUCGGAACAGAUAAGUGUGUGGAGAGGAUCAAUGAGAUGGUGAACAGGGCCAAACAGAAAGCAGGCGUGGAUCCUCUGGUACCCCUGCGAAGCUUGGGCCUGUCCCUGAGCGGUGGGGAGCAGGAGGACGCUGUGAGGAUCCUGAUGGAGGAACUGAGGGACCGCUAUCCCUACCUGAGUGAAAGCUACUUAAUCACCACUGAUGCAGCCGGCUCCAUCGCCACAGCUACCUCGGAUGGUGGGAUCGUGCUCAUCUCUGGGACGGGCUCCAACUGCAGGCUCAUCAACCCUGAUGGCUCUGAGAGUGGCUGCGGUGGCUGGGGCCACAUGAUGGGAGACGAGGGCUCAGCCUACUGGAUUGCACAUCAAGCAGUGAAAAUAGUGUUUGACUCCAUCGAUAACUUAGAAGCGGCUCCUCAUGAUAUUGGCUAUGUCAAGCAGGCCAUGUUCAACUAUUUCCAGGUGCCAGAUCGGCUAGGAAUCCUCACCCACCUGUAUAGGGACUUUGAUAAAUCCAGGUUUGCUGGGUUUUGCCGGAAAAUUGCAGAAGGUACUGGUGGUGCACAGCAGGGAGACCCUCUUUCCCGUUACAUCUUCAGGAAGGCUGGGGAAAUGCUGGGCAGACAUGUUGUAGCAGUGUUGCCUGAGAUUGACCCGGUCUUGUUCCAAGGGGAGAUUGGCCUUCCCAUCCUAUGUGUGGGCUCUGUGUGGAAGAGCUGGGAGCUGCUCAAGGAAGGUUUCCUUUUGGCACUGACCCAGGGCCGAGAAAUCCAGGCUCAGAAUUCCUUCUCCAGCUUCACCCUGAUGAAACUGAGGCACUCCUCCGCCCUAGGGGGGGCCAGCCUAGGGGCCAGGCACAUUGGGCACCUUCUCCCCAUGGACUACAAUGCCAAUGCCAUUGCCUUCUAUUCCUACACCUUCUCCUAGGGGGCUGGCCCUGGCUCCACCUACUCCAAGCUCAGUGGACAUUGGGUGUGGAAGGGAGGGGUCUUCUUUUUCCUUUUUUAAAUAACACAUAUAGAGGAAAAUAAAUGCACUUUACCCUAUUCUCCAGCUGGAUUGUGUUAUCAAGCAGUCUUGCUAUUUACAUGGUCUCCAUGUGCAGCCUCACAGUAUACUUCCAGCCGUUAUCCCAGGGGGCUCAGGAAUGGUUUUGUCCCAGAUUUAAAGCCACACCUCCAGGUGCUCAGUCUGUGGUUUAUACCCAGUCAUCAUGCUCUUGGACUGACAAUUUAUGCAACCCAGAAUAUCCCCAUUAGCAUACCAUAUCCCAUACAUACCAUGUAUGCUGUAUUGACUGCCAGUUAACCAGUGACCUGUUUUCUCCUGCCUCACAAGUCAGUGGAGCUCAGUGGUCUCCAUGUGCAGCCUCACAGAAAGUAACCUUAGGUAUAUCAUACCUUUUUCUGAGACUCCCAAUAGGUUUUAAGGGCCAUACAAUUCCAAUCUUGGAGAGUUUUUAUUUCAUUGGAUUUGGUAGUCGUAGGUAAGCAGGAUGUUUUGCUGUUUCUCAUAUGAAUGAAUUCUUGAGAGUUUAUGAGGAUUCCUGAGAUCCAAAAAGGCCCAAUUAGGCUUAAGUAGGUGGCUUACCUACCUAUUCCUGGUUCUAGUUACAGCAUGACAGUUUUGUGUUUGCCUUGUGGAUCUAGGAAUGAUCAGCAUCUGUAAAGAGCAGAUAUUCCUGUCCUCUGGAUUCUGGAGUUUGAUCAGCUUCCUGUUCUGCUGCUUGUGCUGCUUAAAAAUCAAAGAUAGGUUUUGUUGUUGUUGUUUUUGGGUUUUUUUGAGGUACUGGGGUUUGAACUCGGUAGGUUUUGUUGUUUUUGGGUUUU